AUGCAGUUUCUCUUCGUGCUCACGUCUCCGAGACUGCUACUGCAGCUCUUAAUCCAUCCCCUGCACAUCUUUGUAGUGAGCCUCUUUUCCAAAGUUUGUAACUGGAGAGCUGGAGUCUGCAAGGAAACGAGCUCAUCUGUUCCGUCUGUUCAGGACAAGCUGGUUGAUCAGGAAGACCAAAUUGUGACGACUCCAUCAAGCGUCAACUAUCAUUUUACACGCAAGUGUAACUACAAAUGUGGAUUUUGCUUCCACACUGCAAAAACAUCCUUCGUCCUGCCCCUGGAGGAAGCAAAGAGAGGCUUGGAACUCCUGAAAGAGGCUGGUAAGUUUGACAGAUAAGUGAGUGUCCUGGUCCUUUGGUGUCAUAUACAAUGCAUGCAGUUAGCUGAAAAGAAUGCUUUUGUUUUUAGGCAUGGAGAAGAUCAACUUCUCUGGAGGAGAGCCUUUCUUGCACGACAAAGGAGAAUUUCUGGGGAAAAUGGUUCAGUUCUGUAAACAAGACCUCCAGCUCCCAAGUGUCAGCAUCGUCAGCAAUGGAAGCAUGAUCAAAGAAAGAUGGUUCCAGAAAUAUGGUAAGUGUAAGACAAGUAAUAGGAGCUUUCAAAGCUUUACAUAUUUAGUCUAGGAAUAUGGCACCCUCUGUCUGAGCUAAUAAAUAUUACACAUAAUCUUAAAUUGUUACCAUUUCCCCUCCAGGUGAGUAUCUGGACAUCCUGGCCAUCUCUUGUGACAGUUUUGAGGAGGAAACCAACCAGCUGAUAGGCAGGACUCAGGGCAGGAAGAGUCACCUGGACAACCUUUACAAGAUCUGCAGCUGGUGCCAGACGUACAAGGUGGCAUUCAAGAUCAACUCUGUCAUCAACACCUUUAACGUGGAUGAAGACAUGACAGCGGCCAUCAACGGGCUCAACCCAGUGCGCUGGAAGGUAAGGACAACGACAGAGUGUGUAUUUUGAUUUGGAAGUCCCCUGACGCACAUGUACACUCAGACUUUAUUGUGUGUGCAAAGGUCUUCCAGUGUUUGUUGAUCGAUGGGGAAAAUGCUGGAGAGGAAGCCCUGAGAGAGGCGGAGAGGUUUGUCAUCAGCGACCAACAGUUUCAGGAGUUUCUUGACAGACACAACGGCGUCUCUUGCCUAGUUCCUGAGUCCAACGAGAAGGUAAGAAGCUUUACUGAGGCAACAAAUAAGACUGCAGCUAAAACUCACAGAUAUUAUUUUAGCAACCUUUACAUAUAAAAGUUGUUAAUAAUGAUGCAUAAAUAUGCAAAUUUUACUUUACAGAACAGUCCAUUUGUAGCAUUUAAACAUGUUAUUUGCUCUUGUUCGUAAGUGUAGUUUUGCCUGUUGCCAAAAACAGGAAUUAGUGGAGAUAUGGUGGAACAGGUUUUUUUAUAGUUUUGGAGAUGGGAAGGGGGAAGGCGUGUGGGGUUUAUAUCCAAAAAGUGAAGUGAAAGAUGAAGCAAAACUGUCUUUAUUCUAGAUUUAAGGGUUUACAAAAGUUAUUAUUACAAAAGUCAUAUCGAAUUAACCAAAUCAAGUAGGGCUACAGAAACAGUCCACCCUGCAUCCUGUCAGUUGUCGUAUUUUGCAGGACGUUUGUUUCAGGAGCAAAAUCUUCCUACCAUGAUGACAGUUUGGCAAUAUUUAAAAUCAGUAUAGCAAAAAUUAAAGUUUGUGUUCUUGGUUUUCUUGGUAGAUGAGGAACUCCUACCUGAUUCUGGAUGAAUAUGUAAGUACUUUUUAUUCUUGAUGAAUAUAACACAUCCCUCUGAUUUUACAGUUAAUGCGACCCUUUCAUUUUUUAAAGAUAAUAAAAUGAGUGUGACCAAGCCAGUAAGUUUUUUUUUUUGAAUGUUUGAUUUUGCUUAAAUUGAGUUGUAAACCUUCACUUUGGCUCUGCUCAGCCAUUCCUAUAUGUGAUUUUUAAGUAUUUGGCAGAGGAAAAGUUAGACUUGUUUUUGCCUUUUAAUGGUUCAGUACUUAGGUAAACUCAACACCUUUAGGAACUUUUAAACCUGUGACUCAUUCACGCUUUCUUCUCCUUCCAGAUGCGUUUCCUGGACUGCCGAGAGGGAAGGAAGGAUCCGUCCAAGUCCAUCCUUGAUGUGGGUGUGAAAGAGGCCAUUUGUUUCAGCGGCUUUGAUGAAAAGAUGUUUCUGAAGAGAGGAGGGAAAUAUGUGUGGAGCAAAGCUGACAUGAAACUGGAGUGGUGAACAGCUACAGUUCCAUUGUGAUAAACAUUUUGUUUCGUCAAAGCACUGACUAUUUGAGCAGUAUUAAUGUUUUAUUUGUAUUUGUGUUUUUACAGUUUUGAUUGAAUGUUCUGCUUAUGGUUGUUCAAAAAUAUUGCUGAAGUUUUUUGGAAAAAAAAGUUUUUUUACUAAUUUGUUUUUACAGAUAACAGAUUUUGUUUUGAUGCACUGUACAUGCACUUGUGUUAACAAAUAAAAACUAAAUCUAUUUUAUUACAAUAUGUAAGGAGUGUCACUUCAUUUGAUAUUUUGGAUCAAUAGCUUUUAUAAUAACUAGCCUAGCUUGAAAGUCCUACCAAGUGAGGUAUACAUCCCUUUUGUUUAAUAAUGGACACUAAACUUUGGUAGCAUUGGAGUGAUUUAUUCUAUUUCUUUUUUACUUUUAUAAAAUUGAAGAAGCAUUGUAACCUCACCUCUUGAUUACCAAUAUAAGCAAGAACUGUCUGAUAGUUGUUUGCAUCCAACACAUGAAACCACAAAACGUUGAUGAGCAUUAUCAGGCUCUACAAGGUUAUAAGUCAAAUGAAGAAAGGUUUCAUUUCCUUUAACUGGGCAAUUGUACGAACAACAUAAUGAAACUUAACAUUAUGAUCUGCAGAAUAAAUGACUCACACAGUUGUUUGAUCAGCUGACAAUUUUAAAGGCCUUCAGCUGGAUUAAUUCCAAUUUAACACGAAAAAAAAAAAGCCUUGGAAGUGUUUUUACAUCGGUUUAAUUUUAAUUUACUCAUUGAUUUCUGGGAAGUAUAGUCAAUAUUGCAUAUGUUAAAAAAAGCUAAUACUGAAAACUAAAUCUGGUAUACUGCUGUCAAUGAUAGAUAGUUGGAAAAAUGGAAAAUAGUUAGCCCUGUAAUAGAAACCAGCAGGUGAGAAAUGCAUUGACCAAUGUGACAAAAGCAUAUGACUGUUACAAUUGUGUUUUAUUUUGCUAGUGUUAGAUUUGUACUUUUCCACUGAACUCAUGCAGUUUAAUGAAUGUUUCUAUUUACUAACAGGCUGUUUGAUUUAAUCAGAACAGUGUGACAUCCAGCUUGAUAAGGAGGAACCUGAUCUUUGUUCUGUUGGACAGGUUUUACAGUAGAUACAUGCCUCAAGGUCAACAACACACACACAAACACACAUUUCAUAACACAUUUUAGUAAGACCAUGUGAACAGUGGUUGGCCAGUUCACGUCAGAGAUAACUGGCCGAUGAUACUCGGCUGUGUUUAAGUCCAACCUCUGUCCAGGGCAAUUCCUGCCCAAGAAGAUAAAUGUACUUGUAAAUGGGCACUCGUUGUGACGGAGAUCCUAGGAGCUCUGUCAUUGCAAGUCCAGCGCUGUACUACUUUUCAUAUGACCUAAAUAAAUGUUACAUCUGAGAACUGAAGAUUUCUCUGGUUGUCUUUGAGCAGUCAACUAAAGAACUGAUUCUAACAUGACUUUAUGUCAUAUGUCGGACCAAUGUUCAAACUACAUUUAAACCUUCUCCUGUGUUAGGGUCUGCACCGACCUGUUUUUGAGGGCACAUGGGUUAAAGAAAUUGUGCAAAUUUACCUUUUUGUUUUUCUUACUAUAUUGCUUUUUAGACAAUGUGUCUGACAUAGACUGGGUCCACACAGACCUUCUAAAACUCUACUCUUAUUGUUGUUGUUUUUCUAUUUUUAUUGCUGUUGCUAUUACGGCUUUCUCCACCCUACUUGGAGUCGACGGCAUAGACUGUAUAUAUUGUGGACAACUUGGUGCCAGCCCUAUAAGCUUUUGCUGGGAUUUAUGACCUAUACUGCAGCCCGCCAACAGAGGGUGCUGUUCUCGGCGUGGCGAGUGGAGUCUACGGUCGACGGACGUUUAUUAGGGCGGUGACCGCUUUGUGGCAGCAGAGGGCGCUGUUGUUUUAUUUCAAGGGCUGCUUGUUAAGCUCUGCAUUUGCGCAGGGCAGCAGACGGGAAGCCUCUCACUCACGAACAAAUGGCGUCCCUCCAGUGCAAAGCAGCUGAUUCCCCACCGAGCACAGCAGCAGGGACGACGGAGAGGUAAACACACACCGCCCCUGGAUUCCUCACUUAUGCACCGAGGCAGAGAAACGCGCUGCUUUUCGCUUAUAUUCGUGCGUCAGGCUGGUGUAUGGACGUUGCGCACCCCGCCGUAAUCGAGAUUAGACUGCUGCUCGGGUGUAGAAACAAGCCUACUGUCAAACAAAACAGAGGAGAGAGAGUCAGCUGCAGCUUAUUCUCCCUCGCUGUGGGCUUAGGUUUUUCUAUUUUCGCCGAUGGUGGUCCGUGCUUUGCUUCAACAGGGCCUGAUUUCAGGCACCGCACGCGAUAGUAGCAGGUCAAAUGUUUCCACUCCGACGUUGGAGGGACACAUAAUGAACAUGGGCAUCACCCCCUCAGAGAUAUCCUCCUGCUCCUCCUCCUCCUCCUCUUCCUCCUCCACCGCCUGACUGGUUGGCUGCCUCUUCACUAAUCCAAUUCAGGAGAUCAUCUUUUCCACCUUUUUUCCUGAGGUUACACCAUCAAGACGGCGUUAUCUCAGAAAGCCAGGUAAGGUUUUAGUGUUUUUAUAUUAAGUGUGGGGCUGCCUCAGCUCUUUAUGUCCAUACUGUCUCUAUCACAAGCUUCUGUCGCAUUUUAUUUUCGCCAUUUCCUCGUUAUUACACAAAGAUAUGCAGCUCUUGGCCCACAACAAUUGACUCAUUGUUGGCCUGUUUUGGAGUAAAAUGCUGUAGUGGUGAAUAGAUGACAUAGUUGCAGUUUGCUGCCUUUAAAAAUGACAUCAGUGAGGGUUUUGUGUGAGUGUGUGUGUGUGUCUGUCUGUCUCUGUGUGUGUGUACGCUGCUGACACUUGAUCAGAGUUGCUGUAGUUGUUCUUCCAUCAUGUUUGUUUCAUAUACAGCAGCUGCAGAGUGAAGCUCUUAAAGGUCACUCUCUGCCCUGCUUUUUCCAUUUUAAGCAGCAUGUCCCCCUCAGGGUACAGUCAGAUUAUAGGCAGAGCUGUGAAACCAGGCUACUAGACAAACAGAGCAUCUCUGCAGUCAACGCCGGCCAAGGCUCUCAGGUGUGUGUCGUAUGAAAAUGAUAUCUGUCCUACCUGAACAGUGACUUAGUCUCUUAUGCUGUCUUCUCUCUUGUCAGGAUGAGAAACAGUGAUCAUCUGAGGUAUCUGUUUACUGUUAUUGUCAAAUAGGGAGGUAAACAAUUUUUAAAAUGCCUCUUUGAAUCUGAAAUGUAUAACUCCACAUACAUAUGGCAACACUUACAUGAGAUCCAUCCUGUUCUUUAUUCUUGCCUUUAGAUCCCUCCCAUUGUCUGCUAUUGAUUAUCUCUCCAAUUUCAUAUUACAGGAAACAUACUUGCUCUUCCUCUCACACACACAUGUACACACAUCGAGGAUUGCCAUAUAUUUCACAUGAAUUUACACAGACAUGCACUGUCAGGGAGUGUUGUCAUGCACUUUCCCCUCUCUCCUCAGAGAGAGGAUCUGUUCCCAUCAGGGGAAUAAAAAGCAUCACACUCCCUGCUGCAGAUUUGUCCAAAACAAGAGAAAGUUGGCCCUGUGCAAAACAGCGAAACAGCAACACAUUCCUCAGAGUGACCAGCAGCAGCCAGUCAGUUCCCAGAGGAGAGAGGAGAUAAGUUUACUUGAAGAGUGAGAAGGAAUGAGGUUAUGAUGCCCGGAGCUCCACAGGGAGUACAAGCCAUGGUCCAAACAUGAGUGUAGAUAGAAACAUAUACAAAUGUAAAUAUACGGAAGGUGCUUCAUAUCAAUAAGGAGGGGCUGUGAUUGUUUCGGUGGGCUGUGUCCACUCCUCUCUUUGUAAUGUUUAUUUAAGCCUUUCAAACAGGCGCUUGACCUUGGCAUGGCUGUGUACUGAACUGUAUGAAAGGCUUUAUUUUGAAAAGAUCUCACAGAAGAUGGUGAGAAAUAGAUUUUCCGACUGAAGAAAGAGGACAGUUUUACAUGUUAGGCCUAUAAGCUGUAUCGCACUAAAGAAGGGCCGUUGUGCGGGUUAAUAUCAUGGCUAUAAUGCGGUAGAUGAUCCCAUCGUGUCAACAUUCAGUGUUACAGCACAGACAGCAGUGUGUACUGACUUUAUGUGCAAAGAGUGGAACAAGUGGCAUAUCAACACUUCGUCUGUAUUCACUGUCUAUUCAUUUAUAAAAACAAAUCCCCUGAGCUUCUACUUUAAAUCUGCAGUGAUGGAUUUUCAGCACUGUAACACAGUUAGGGUUUCAGUUCCUUUGCCUCGCACACUACCGUAUAUACAUUUUGCUUGUUGAUUUGUGGCGUGUCAUGUUACAUUCUGGCGCAAUCACGCAAGCAUGUCCAGGGAAUAAACAAGGCUGCACUUUGGUUUUCAGGUCAUGAGGAGGACUAUCCGCCCAUGUAGGAGUCAGAUUUACUGUAGAUCACACAUCUCAUUUUAAGGAGAUUAUGUAACCUGAAAGUCACUUGAUGUAGAUAUUUCUUUUAAAUACUCUUUGAAUUCAAACUUUCAGUCCCUUGUAACCUUAAAUUUGUCAGAGUGACAGAGCAGAAGAAGGGUCUGUGAGGGUAGGACAACAGGAAAUGUCAAACGACUGUGGUUAGGUAACUGGCAUUUCUCAAAGAGCCUUAGCUGUCUCAGAUAUACGCUACAUUCCUGCAGUGUACAUUUGUCGAAGCACGCUUUGAUUCGAGUAACGUUUACACGUCUAGAGAAGUCAUUUUGGUGUAAUCUGACUCCAGGGGUUGUAGUCUGCCAAGGAUUAUGCAACAGUUAAAAUGCCAUUUCAGCAGCCUGUUUUGGUAAGUGUUCAGUAGCUGCCAGUAUCUAGGUGAAAGUGUGUUUUUGUGCAGGGCCGGUUUUUGACACCAGACAAGCCAGGAAUGAAACCACCUGAGUUCUCCUGAAAUUAAUGUUCGUCAUCGCUCAGAGCGCUUCGUUUGUGUGAGUGUGAGUGUGUGUUUGUGUGUGUGUGUGUCAUGGCUCAUUUCCAGACAGUUAGGAUGAGAUGGGGAUUGUUAUGAGAGUAUUAUGUGAUGCUUGUGUGUGCGCCCUGCUUCUUCCAGACAGCUGCGUGGCAUUUUCAAAGGUUCCCGGGGGCUCCAUUUUUUUCACAAAGGUAUGGCUUGUAACAUAAGAUACUGUUGCGUAACAAAUGUACCACCGAAUCUGCUGACCACCUCUCCAGGAUUUGAGGAAUGUGUUAAUUGCUGCAGGCUCUUCCCACAAAAACCAAGCAGCCAGCUUGAGUCAUUUUAGGCCAGCUUCAAGCAGUGAUACCUCAGCAGCAUCCAUCUAUGCAUAUUGACUAAUGAGGACAACAGCCAAGUAUUUUUAGAUGCAGAUGCCAUGGCAACUCUGGGUACAUUUUUAUUUAGUUGUAGAUUGUAUUGACUCUUGCAGAAAAUGGUCAGAAUAGAUGAUGCAGUAGGAUUACAUCAGGGUAUUUCCAGUGCAGCUAUUGUGGGUUUUUUUACUGGAGAAUAAAUCCUUCAAUAUUUUUGGAAACAGUUUCUGUCUCAAACCCAUGAAAUCACUCUAAAUUGGCUUCCUCCUAAAACUGCUGAUUCCGAGAGAAGUCACGUAGAAAAAAAGGCAGUUUUCUCACCACCAACAGUGUCUUCAAACGAUGCGUUUCAACAACAAAUGACGUUUCAUAUUCGUUGAAGACGCACAGCUCACUCUGCAGCUCGACUGGGAAUAAGCCAACACUUUACUACGUCUGUCUCUAUCCCCGUUGCUCUCCACCUACACUUAAACACGGCACAGUACAACACGUUCAGGCUCGUAUCUCUGUGGAAAUGUUGUAAAUCAUGAACUAAAGUAAAGUAGAUGAGUCAGGAGGUAGGCUGGGAUCUGGGAGUGCCAGAGUAGAGCCAAAAACUGGUGCAGCCUGGCAUGGUUUAAAGCCCAAGUGAAUGCAAUAGAGGAAGACAAGAGACCAAUAGCACGAUGAAUAUGUUAAGAAGUUGAUAAGCCAGUGUUUGAAAAGCCUGACUAAAAAUGUGGAAAGAGUCCAACUUGAACCUUGAUCAAUCUAGCACCAGAUUUUUACUAAAACCAAAGACUGAAAGUUCUAGCUCUCAAGAUUUAAGCUGAUUUACAUUUUGAAAUGCCAUGUACCUUGUUACAUUGUUACUAUGGUAACCAGAGCAAGCAAAUGCAUUUGCCCACCACAUAUAAAGGAGUCUUCUUAAUGGGACAGCCUACAGUAUGCCACUUCUGUGGGCUGCUCUGUGUUUAGACACACCCUCUGAAAAAUGCAGUCCCUGAACUGGGACCCAACCAUUGUAUUGCCUGUGACUGUUCCUCAGUCAGAAGUAGCAAAGGAUGUGUUUGUUGUUCCAACAGCACAUAUAAUGGUUUACUGUGGAGCUCAGAGAAUCCAAAGUAAACAGUGAGUCUCUCGCUAGAUAGAAGAUCCACGCAUGUGUUUAUCUGCAGAUGUCCUGUAGGUAAUCUAACUUUAGUUGAGUAAAUGUCAAAAUGAUUCUACCAACAACAACUAAGGCAGAUUGAAAAGCUAUCAUAGCUGAAAAACAAAUUGUUUUGGCAUCAUAGUCAGAGUUUGGAUUAUGGUUUUACCGUCUGAAAAUAUUUCCACUUUUUCUUUCCCUGUAACCACAGCUCUGAACGUGAAGCCAGGUAGAGGAAUUCAAGCACUGCUUUUACCGCUGAGGGUCUUUACAUGUAGCGUCAGGGCCUCGGGAAGGAUAAUGAGACCGCAGCUCUGUCAGGUUAUCUGAAAAUAAUUGUUUUAUCAGCAAGUCUGGUAUCAAUUUCCUCCUCAUGUAUUACUGUCUGAUAUUUCUGUAAUAUAAUCCACUGUGUCUUCACCGUGACAGCGCUUGCCUUAGUCGUGACACUGAUGGAGAUCUUAAACCUUAAAUAACCUGAAGCCCCUGAUAAGAAUCAGAACUGUGUUAUAUGGUCUUUAUGUAGGCCUAUAACAUCCAAUCUAGUGCGCAUGUUUUAAAUUAAUCUGUGAAAAAGAUGUAUGGAUAAAUGUUAGAAAUAGUUAUAGCUUCCCUUUAAACGUCUUCUUUUUGUUUUUAGUUGACCAGCAUUCAUUGAACUGUUUCCUCUCUUCACUUUUUAGUGGCUUUACAUCCUCUGUUCAGCCCAACAACAGGACGUCAGCGCAUUUCCUCUGGUUUUUGGCUCCCUUCUACCUAUUUUAUGCCGUGGGACUCAGAGCGGUUUCAGCUUUAAAAGGCAGCCGCCCCCUCACUUGAAGACAGAAUGAUAGACAGCACACAAUUUGUCAAGAUGAGAGAAAUCCUCUUUGGAGGAUGAAAAGUGGAUGCAGGAGACCCGGGGCACAAAACUUUACAAUUCUUAAGUCUAUAACUUUGUGUUGAUUCAACAAUGACUGAAAAAGCCAGUGAUUUGUUUUGGCUGCCCCUGGUGAGAGUGUCAGCACACCCUGCAGAUGAGGCUCUGAGAGGCUCUCUGUUGGAGAGGCCCUCUCCUUCUGUGACCAUGAAAACUCUAUUGUCCAGCCAAGUGACAGCAGUCCCCACCGGGCAGCAGUCACACUCUUGAGCUGUGUAGUGUUCUCAUCGGAGUCAUCUCAGCGAAAGGAUAAAACUGUUUACGUGACAUUACCCAGUUUGAGUGCCUCCACCACUUUUUCAGUGGGACUAAAUGGCCCAUACUGGAGUAUUUGUGAGUGGAAGUUUCUUACAGAUCUAGUUUGGGCUCCACAGUGUGAGAAAUUCAGUCACAUUCACCGUUGAAAAUAUUCACUGGGUACUAGAAAAUGAUCUUGGUAGCGUAACAGCCUUCAUAGCCUGCUGAAGUCCAAAUAUGAAAAUCGGUGAUGCUGUCAGUCACAGUGUGGGUAAGUAGUGAUGUCAUACCGCCUUAUGAAACUGUUCCCAUGCUGUACCGUUGUGUUCCCUGCGGUUUUAAAAAAAGAUCAGAGCCUGGAAACAUAUUUAUCAGUAUUUUUACAGAGCAAUGUUAGGCCAUGGCUAAAGGGAAGAAGAAGAAUAGAUGGCCGAAGUUAAUCUUUGUAGUUAAAUACUCAAAUAAAUGACAGGUAAACUCACAUAAAGUUGUCUCAAGUCAACUUUAAGCGAUGAAAUCAGCAGAAAUAUGCCAAAAACUGAUGUACUGAUUGUACACCGAUAUGUUUGAAGUUUGUAACAAUAACAGUAGACUACAAACACCCAUACACAGCCUAAGUGUAAAUGAUAACACACACAUCUGAAUAAGGCUUACGUCACAAGCGAUGUCACUCUUAAUAACUGGGUAGAGUUUUCUGUGAUGAUGCAGCUGGUAGGUAAACAAAAGUCAAUCAAGUCUGAGGUGCGCAGGAGAAACUUUGUUGAGACGCUUUUUUAUUUCGAAUGAAAAAAAUAUAAGACAGGGUGCAAACACGCUUUUGUGUGUACAGGACAAGAAAAAAAUAGAGGUUCCACUUUGUCCAAUACUAGCAAAAAGAGUUCCUAACAGUAGCUUUAAAGGACACUAUAAAUUAGAUUUUUUACGUGGUCUUACAGGGAUAUUCCGGUGUAAAUUUAUGUUAGGGUCAAACAGUUAGACUCCCCCUCGAGAGAUAAUUGUUGCUGACCACUUGCUUCUCUAAUUAUACUUAUGCAAUGACCACACGAUAGCAAUACACAGCGGUCUAUUGCUGCACGCGCAAACCUCAACCAAAAAGCCACUCUGUAGCCACAAAUAAUGCUCAGAACAGCACCUAACUUCAACAGUACAUAUAGAGUCCCAGCCACAGCACUAGCCACCAAACAUCUUUUUAGCUUUGUCUGGUUUCUUUAGCAAAGAGACCAAACACAACUCACCCACACUUAUCCUAAACAAAAUGUAUAGGAGUAUGCAAAGAAACUUACAAAACUUUGUUUAGCUAAGAGACCAAACACAACUCACCUACUCUCCUCCAGCAGUCGCUUGUUUGUGGGGGAGCCCUGACAGAUCGAUCACCGAGUGCAGCGGAUCAUUUCCAUGAAGUAAUAAUCAUCAUAUUGAUCAUUUUGCACUGCAGACGCGGUAGUUCUUCUGCCUUAGCGUCUCAGUCUGAUUGCAUUUCCAUGAAGAAAUGAUCAUAAAUGUUCUUCCUUGAGCUGCGAAACUCCACUGAUGAUCAACUCGUCAGGGCUCCCCAACAAACAAGCGGCUGCUGGAGGACAGUAGGUGAGUUGUGUUUGGUCUCUUAGCUAAACAAAGUUUUGUAAUUUUCUUUGCCUAUACAUUUCUGUUUAGGAUCACAUCUAUUUGUUGAAAAAACAGUUGACAUAAAGCCAUGCUUGCUCUGGCCUCGGCUCCUUCAAUGUGUAACAACACAGAGCGUUUCCAGGAUGCUAAACAUGCACUGAAUCUUCAACUUCUUGGUGCGACACACCUCCACUCCAUCCACAGGAGCAGGAAAACAAGUGCGCACACCAACAUCCAGUCCCACUCCACUUGCUCGUGACCUGAGUGGAUGACAUGAGCUCAUUCCCGUGUGUGUUUGCACCUGAUUGUAAUGCAUGCAGUAGUCAUGAAUUAAUCUAAUUACAGUGCAUUUUCUGGAUUGCUGUGUUUAUAUAAUGAUAGCCUGGUUGAGUGGUGAUGGAGCCACAGAUUACAUUAGCUGAGUUUAAGUAAAUGUCUUACUGUUUUGUGGCUCUGAUAAGAGGAUUUCUACGGGCUUACACACAUUCUACUGUAAUGAAAUUAUUUCUUGGGCAGGGAAAACUCCCAGUUGUUAGCAGUCUCUAUAUAGUAGUGAUGGCCAGCAGCCAAAAGGCGUCUUUUGUUGGUGUUUCAGAAACCGUGCCAGAAAUGUGCUCUGUUACGUCACUUUCAGACAGCCUGUGAAUGCAGCCCUUAUUCACUGGAAUUCAGCCGCUGCCCUGGGUGUGGGUGUGACCUUGUGUUUGUUUGCUGUGUUGAUGAAAAUUCAGAUUAUUUUGGAAGAAAGGAGCCAUUUAGUAAAGCAAUCCGGUUGACAUUAAUAUUCGAGCGAGCCAGUUUUUCACUGCAGUAUUUUUCUCACGUUUCACUUUAGAUAGAAAUUCAUGAGCAAUUCCAAUGAGGCUCACUCCAGAGAUGAAAGAAGAGUUAAAAAAAACAACAACAAAAAAAACUGAGUUUUGCCAGUUGAUUCCCUUUUUGGAUCGAAGCACAAAGUGAAUUUUGAUGAAUGUAUGUAUUACUGCCUGAAAGGACAAACUGAAAGUAACCUCCCAUGAUAACAGAGAGAACAGUUUGCUUUUCUGAGCAGUUUCACUGCUUUUCUUGCUCUGCAAGAUUUUGCUUCCAUAAAUACUGUACAGGUAACAUUUGAGAUUACCCACAUGAGUGCUUAAUCAGAUUAUUUGCGUUAAUCUGGUUAUAGUGGGCAUGUAAAGUUAACAUGUGAAGCUGCGGAACAGUGAGUGACAACAGAUCGCCUGCAAAGCCGACCCUUUGCUCUGGCCCUCUGCAACUGUCAAUAGAAAUAGACUCCAUGUGGCUCGCCUGUCGUCUCCGCUCAGCAUCUGAGACGCUAAUGGUAGCCUGGGUGCAUUUUUGGCGAGGAGAGCAAGCCCAUUGUCAACUUGUUUUAAGGACUUGUGUCCUCUGCCAGAUAUGAUGUCAUUUGCAGCAGAUAAGGACGACCUUCUAGCCGUUUUAUCAUGUUUUUUUCUUUAUCUUUGCUAUUAUUACGAGUGGUAAAAAACUGUACGGCUUCACUCUCCUUCAGUACAGUCUGGCUUUAGUGCCCAGUACAAUAAGAUCUUGUUUUGCUCUGUGCUUGUUGCUCAUGGACAUGUCAUUAAGUCUGAGGGGGCCGUCUUUCUUUGAAGUCAGAACAGCAGGGUGUGUUUAGCCAUCUCCUGCCCUCCAGGUACUGAGAUAUCAUGCAGGGUGUGUGGACAUUCAUACAAAAUGGGUGGGAAACUUCUUAAUCUAACCAGCCGUUGGAAGCAGAGUUUCAGGAACUUACAGUGAAAGUUAAUAAGCGUCUCUCAGCUAGGGUUCCACUCAGGCAGCCGUGAUUUUUUUUUUUUUUCUUCAAAUGUAGACUCUUUAAAACUUCAAGGAAAAAACACUGAACAUUUAAAAAGAAACAGAAUCUCAUGAAUAUUUACAGUCAGUCAUUAAGUGCAGCCAAAGCCGCAGCUCGUUUGCCUAACAGUCUACUCAGGAGGCUUACAGGGAUGUAGAAAGGAGCACUUUUUUAUUACAAUUUCACCUAAUUCCUCCAGUUUCCUACUAUUUUCUGACUCCAGCUCACUUUUCCCUUUGCCUUGUUUCACUUCAGUGAUGUUUCCUUCCCUGUCUGACUCCCUUCCUCUUUCUUUUUCAGUCUAAACUCACUCAACUGUUUUGUGCUGCCCUGUGUGUGUCUAUUUCUUGGAUGGCAUUAGAGUCGCGAGACAGUUCCUCUGCAGACAGACAGUGUUUAUCAGUUAAUGUGGUAUUGCAUAGCUGUGUUUGCAGAAGGUCUGCUGCCCACUAAUUCGCCAAAUGUUAGUCUCAGUCUGCCAAGUGGACAUCGGUCAGAUAGAACAAUAAAUACCCAUCCAGGAGCUGUACAUUGUGUAGCAGCUCAGUAUCUGUUCGACACAUCAGAAGUUUUAUUGACCGAGCCUUCCUCCUAAGAAAGGUGGCCUUGUGGGUAAUGCAUGUGACAUUGUCUGGACACAGUAGUUCUGGGAAGUGAGUGUUUUCUGCAUUGAGUGAAUAAAAGCAACUGUUUGAUACAACGUGACUGCAACAUUUCUCAACUGUUCUCCAAGUUCUUAGUUAUUUCUCUGAAUCAGCCAAAAGACACCAGCAGCAACUCCAAGAACAGAGGAUGAUGAGGGACUGUGUUAAACUGGAUUUAAACACAGGUUCAAUAUCCUGGCUAGUUCUCAGAAACAUUGAGAAUUAUUAGUGUUUAUAUUAAUCAUAAGUAGGAAGCAGACUUCACAGUCUCCAGUACCAGCUCAACUUUGAGUCAUUUUCAACGCUCCUAAUGGGAUUGCUGAACUUGUCUACUGUGCAAGGCUGAUAAGAGUUUAAACUGAUUUUCCAGCCAUACAGUGGAUUUCAUUUUGGAUUUCUUUGGUAAUUAGUGUAAUUUAAAAGUACAUUUCGGAUUAAGUUCAUUCACCACAGCUGAAGUAAAUAUUUGUUAUUUCAAUCCCUGUAUUUAUUGAGGAGCAGCAUGAGUUGUAAGCAAUGGAUCAGACGACAUUUAAAAGAUAGACGGUGUUGUCAUCAUCCAAACUUAGCCACCAGGUUCAUUUCAUUAAAGUAAAAACAAACCGGCUCAAGCAAACCAACCACAGAUCAGGCUGUAAUUCUGCUCACUGAGAGGGUUUUUAGCUCAGACUGCUGCAGAAAAAUGGCAGGAAACCAAGCAGGCAUGAUACAGUCGUUUGUUUAUUUUUUUUUCUUUUCUUUUUUGCCCCACAUACACACGUAUGACCACUGUCUUUGACCUGCCACCAUGACACACAGCACAUACACAGUGUGGUUUCUCCGUACCACUCCUAAAUACAUCUGGGUGAUUGUGUAACUCCUCUGGGCACAGAAAACUAGGCCUAUCACCACUCCUGCCCCCCCCUCCCCUUCAGUAUGUCAAGGACAGGCAGGGACUGUCCCCAACCGCUGGUCCUCUACCAAGGCAUGUCACCUUUCACAUUCUGCCAUUGAGCCAUCCCAAAAUAAAAGUCCCUGUGCGUGGUCCCUGGGUUCUGAAUGUGGGUUAGUUGAGAGUCAAUAAAAAGAAUAACACAACCGGGCAAGCUGAGCGCGUGGCUCUUAGCCUGGCACAGCGUGACUUCUGUGUGGUUUCACUUCUGUGUCAUCUGCAUCAACCUAUGGUCUAUAUUCUCCCAUGACCUACAUUCUACCUAUCAUAAAAGAGCCUGAAAUAGAUGCUGGCAUUCAACAAUGUUACUCUUUCAUCACAAGAUGGUAGUGCUGACAGGUCACACCUCGACUUUAUUUUGAAGGAGCACUGCUGUGGUAACCCACAUGGAGGAAGAAGAUGUUAUAUUGAGAGAAGACUUCAGUGGUUUCCAUUUAUGUUACCAUAGAAACUCCUAUGUUUAACACUCAAACUACCAAGGCAGUCAUUUUGACUGCUUUACAAAUUUACAAUGUCAUAACUUUUUUAAAAUAAAACCUAUACACUACACUACACCCCUGACUUUUCCUAAAUGGGUGUAUAUUGUAUUCUAACAUAGUUUUAUCAUAAAAUAUUCAAAACACAAAAGAGAUCUGAGUAUUACUGUCUCGAACUAGCAGUCAAAUUGACUGCUUGGUUUUUACAGUGUUAUAUUUCAAUAUUUGCUACAUUUUCCCACUCUUUCUCCUGCUCUAAUGUUCAUAUUGUACUUUAAGCUCUGUGAAGCUAAAAUCUUGCUAUAACGUUACUCAAAACUCAAGAGACUCAAAAGUGACAACCAGAAGAAAAAUGACAAGUAUGGAGGCUUUAGUCUUGCUUCAGAGCCUUGAUGAGGAAGAAUGAUGGAUGAGCAAGUUCAAGGAAUGAUGUGUCUUCAUAUUUUGUGGAAGGUUCUUAAAUAUCUCAUUCAUUCUGACUUUCAUUUUGUGUACUGGUGUGUUUUUUCAUCUAUUCCACCAAUUUAUCAAUAGUUUUUUAUAGUUUAUUAUCCAAUUUAUAUGCAAAUAAAGACUGAGCAGUCAGAAUGACUGCCAUGGUCGUUUAGUAGUUGCAGAAUUUUGGUAGACCGAGUGUUAACUGUCCUAAGUUCAUGCCUCCUUUUAAUUAAAGGGCAAACUGUUACUUAUUGCUGCACUGGUUAUUAGCAGGGUUUACUUUGGGUUCACACUGCAGUGCUCGCUGUUGCAGCACUGCAGAGGACUUAAUAAUAGUGUUGUAUAAACGCUAGUGCGUGAUGUUGGAGAUGUAAUUUGUACCCUACAUUGGUUACAUUGUCUACUCACCAACCGGGCUCUCAUGCUCCAACAAGGGAGUGAACACACAACUGAUAGUAAAAUAUUAUGCAACCAAAUAUUUUUGAAGUGAUCCGAGUGGAAAUGAUGGCUGUAGAAAGGGGCAGAGAAAUCACAUUUAGAGCUUUCUUAAGCAGCGAAUCAUGUUUUGUGAAGAGAUUUAAUGAGUCCAAUAGCUGUGGAAGCAAAUGUGGAAUCUAGAUUCUCAUUUAGACACCACUUUUCUAGUUCAGGACAACUUUUUUUACAGGAUACAGGUCGAUGAGAUAAUGUUUUAAGUGGAGGCUACAAAAGAUUUUAAAUUCAAAAUGUUUCAAAUACUAAUUUUAUUACCACUAGUUAGCUGACAUAAGAGGAAAGAUGUACUGGUUUAACUGGUUGAUAUUCUCUCCCCUAAAGUUUUCAUUCAAAGAAGGAAAAACAUCAUAUUUUCAGUUUUAUCGAUAAGUUCUCAGCAGCAGGCAGUCAGUUCAGAGGGAAAUCUGAUCAAUUAAAACCUACAUCCAGAAAUCACUGUCUGUCUGUCUGUCUCUUUUCCAUCUUGUCUUGGUGUGACAUGUGCUUGGCUAUGUGUGUUUUUUCCUCUGUGGUCUGUUCUGCCUGUCCAGUCAGAGCUUUCACAACAAGGUGACAAGAAGUAAUAGCCGGCAGUAAAGGUUGGGGAAAUAGAGAAAAUUGGCACAGUGCCACAGUCCUCUUCUUUCUUCUGUCUUCUUUUCUUGUCAUUUUCUCUCCUUUUCAUUGCCACUGUGGAAACAGAGAAAAAUGACAGGAAGGAAACUUAAAGGCCUUUCUGUACUAAUUGGCCAUGAAGAGACGGGCUGGGUCGUCGAGGAAGGGAAGGCAGGAAGGAAACGGGGAGGGAGGAAGAGAGCACAGGACCACUAAGUGCUUAUUGCCAAUUUGGAUUUCUUCUUCUUUUUUUUUUUUUCUUUACAAGUUUGCUGCUCAUUUUACCAAGGUUCACAGAUCGGAUGAGAAAUAAAUUGCACGUUUUGUCACCAUGUGUCUGUGGGAUUGAAUACAGCUGACACACACGGGGAAAAUUGAGGGAGCAGUUUGACAGACAAAAACGUUGACAUGAGCAAACCAUGGGUUAGAUUAAGUUUCGCUGAAAAGGCUGCUCAGAACAAAGUUAGCUCUUGUCAGCUUGUAUUAUAUCAUGCUGUGUAGUCCUUCAUUAAUAAUACUUCUGCAAAGAAUGACACAAUACAACGUACACAGUGACUCCAGGUAGAAUACUAGUGCUGCAUUUGUCUGCAACUGAGCACAGUGUGGCCUUCAGUACCUGUCUUUAUUGCACUCUGCUCCACUUGUCUGACUGGUCUGCGGCACAUUCUUGCACAUUAGCUGAAGAAAGGCCUUGUGCUGGUGCUGAAAAAUGUACAUCUGUGUGUGUACGAUGUAUGAGCGAGGGAACAAGAGAGGGAAAAAAGCGUGGGCUGCUCACACUCCCACAUCAGCAAACAGUUGUUAGCAGCUUUCUCUCACAUCAGCCAUAGGUGAAGGGUAAAAAUAGAGUCUUAUGCAAUGCUUUGAUGUGACAUUAUAUAAUUACUUACACACAAGAAAAGGUGUCAACCUUGGUGAAAAAAAAGAGAGACCUGAAAGAUGUUAGCCCCUUCUCCCUCGCAGAUUUUUAGUUCUCUCUCCUCUCUCUGUGAGAAAAUGACGAGGUGGUCUGUGCACAGCGGAGCAUUAAGGAGUAUUAAGUUCACUUUCUCAUGAAUGUAAAGUCUGCAUUGCUAUGCAGAGAGAGGUUUCGCGCUGGAUGAAAAGGUGCUCUCUCUUCCUAUCUCUGCUUGAGUCUAUUCAGGUAAAAUUUGAAUUUUAUUGAAGCUGCGUUUGUUGAAUGCAGAGUGUCGCUAUUCUUCUCGUUGGAUACUGACAGUUACUGGAUAGUAGACCCUGGAAACAGAUCAAAUGGAUCUCAAAUGCAUGGGGCUAUAGAUAGUAGUUCAACAUUGACGUGCUAAAGUCAAAUUGAAUCCAGUUUGACAUGUUUGUUUUCUUGUGUUGGAGUUUGAGUUUGAGAUCUAUCCUGGAAGCAUCAUGUUGACCGCGAAGUUGAAUCAGUCCUGAAAAAAACAAAGCGCAGUAUAGUUCUCCCAUUAUAUAACGACGUCUAAUUCCAGAGUGUGUCUUGUAAUUGCAAUCAGCAAUCAAAGGUUCAAUAGACCGCUGUGUUCGGGGCUAAAGCUAGCUGUGUUUAGUGUGCUGGUAACGUCCUUUGUUUGACACAGCAUGUGAUGAACAUUGCAUCAAGCCUUAAUGGAUGGUUUCAUGUAGACUGCAGCGAGAUCCCAUUGGCUUCCAUCUCCCUCGAGAAGUUCUUCUCAAUUGCUCCUCCAUGACCAUUCCCUCUCCUGUUACGCAAUGGAUUGUUAAUGCCUGUGCGUGAGGAUGUGUGUUUGUCUCCUGGAUGUGGAGUCAUUAUAGCAUGAUAGCAUGAGCGCUGCUAUAGCCGGAUGAACCAUGUACACGGCGCCCCCCCCUUUGACUAAUGACUGACACAUGGUGACCACAGCUCAGGAUGGAUGUUUGACUUCUGACUCAGUCCUGUUACAUCGAUCUUUCGCUCUCAAGCUUGACCUUUCCUGAUGUAUAAUCAUCCGUACGGCUAUAUUUGAAAGAGAGGCUUGCAUGCACUUGCUUGGAAUAUACUGCGUGUAUGUGUGUGGUUGUGUUUGUGUGUUUCUCACUGAUAAUGGAGCAUCUUGUUAAUAAUGCAGCAGAGCAAUGGCACUGCACCACCUUUCUCUUUUUCCCUCGUUUUUCCCCUUUGUCGCUCUCCCUCCCUACCUCCCCUCCGUUCUCCUCAGGCCAUCCUUCCCAAACUAUUUCAUUUGUCCCCAUCGACCCAGUCUGUCAGCAUUUGCACAGUGUGGGAGGGAGGAACAGAUUCACUUGUAUUAGAUGGUCAAUCUUUGUACAGUGUAAGCUUUUUUUCUACCACCAGAAUUUAUUUAGAAGUGCUCUGACACAAGUUUUCCUUCCUAAAUCGGAUUCUGAUGCGGUUAGAAUUUGCUGACUGCUAUCAUAGUUACACAAUUUGGCUGAAACCUUUUAACCUGAUUUAAUAUAAAACUGCUGUCUCUUCAGUGUUUGAACUUGUAAGAGUAAAAAAGAAAUCCACAGCUCUAAGUCAUCCAAACAUUGAAACAUCGCCACUUUUGUUCGUGGCUACCAUAGCUUUGCUUUCCUGCCUGGUUGUAACCAGCUCAGUUGUUGCUUGCAGUCUGUGUUUGGUUAAACAGAAAUACAGCCACUCAGUAGAAGCAAUGCGUAAGCAAGCAGCACAGGCAUUUGGACAUAAACCUGCAAGGACGACUGAAGACUGGUGGUGCUAGCUCUGCUAAUGUUAGCAACACUUAAAAAAAAGAAAUCUGACAUCCUUUCCCUUUGGGCUGGGACGAUAUGCUUUUCUCCCGAUUUGAUUCUUCUAAGUUUUUUUGGAUGCCAAUUUGAUUCUAACUGCGAUUCUACGAUGUUGUCGAUUUUCUCGAUAUUGAGUCUGCAUUUUUACCCCAGUGAAACAGUUGAAUGAUUAUGACUGACUAUUCCAGGAACCAUAUUUUCCCAAAAAAUACACAUCACAUGUAAGGCAGUUUUUAAGAUUUAUUCUUAAAUUUGGAAAAAAAAAAAAAAACAAUUUUUGAACAUAAAAUUCAUUAAAGAAAUUGUAAAACAAAAAAUCACAAUGCUUAUGUGAAUCAACUUUAUUCUCCCACCUCUACUUUCCCUGCAGACUGUGUUGAACUGUAUGAAAUAUGGUUUUCUCAAUCUCAGUAUUUUCUCACCUUCAGGCCAGUCAGUCGAAAUGGUACUACUGUUUUAAUCACGAGGAAAUAAAUCUCUGUUUUGUGUUUUGCACUGACUUGCUUCCACACCAACACUUGUUGACACAUUUUAGGCUUCUUCCGACUGCUGGUAUCAAAAUUACGCUUUUUUUCUGCCUUGGGGCUGAUGGAGUUCAUUGACAGUGAGACAGAAAUGCUGAAUCUUAGACCUCUUCUCACUGAUGCAAUUUAAGCUGUCAGCUGUUCACAGAAGAGACUCAACCAGUUCUCCAGCUUUGAGUGUGAAGCACAUUUCCCGUCGGGAGGUGUCUUAACAGACCCAUAGUUGAACCUAACCUGAGUUACCUAAGAAAAAUAGUAUUGCAAAAAUUAUGAAAGACCUCUUUUCCAUCUCUAAAUCAUUCUGAAAUGUUUAUGAUACUUCUGUCACCCGAACUUUGCCUUAAAGGCUCACCUGUGCAGCUGCGUUUCCAGCUUGAUCUAAUUACACCAGCAGCGACUUUCUCUUUCAUGUAUUUUUUUAGACCACCAGAGCGCACACACCUUCCCACACACAACCCCCUAAGGGCCGUGUUUGUAAGUCUGCAUCCCCGUACUGAUGAUAACAAAUUGCCGUUUAAGCUGUUUUAAGCUGUUCAGCACCUGCAUAAUAGAUCUUCCUCACCGCUCAGUGCUUCUUGGUCAGUGUGAUGGAUGGUGGAUAGAUGAGUGGAUGGAUGCCAGGUGAUUUGAGUGAGUUCAACACGAGGGGCAUCCCAUUUUUGUCUCAUUUGUGCUUUUGGUUUUUCUCACUCUGAAGUUGUCCUCUAUCCUCAAACCAAAGACACCAUGAAGAGACGAAGACUAGGAAAAAGUGAGGCAGUAAUUAUGAAUUGAAUCAUUUUUUUCCAACCCAACCCGAUACCUAGGCUGAGCGUAUCGGCCGAUAUCCGAUACCGAUCCAAUACUACUGUUGAAUAAUUUAACUGUAUACCUUGCCCUGUGAGUGAAGGCAUCAGGCUUGACAUUAGCCUUGUUAAAAAAAGGUAACAUAUUAACACAGAUAUAAAUGUACUUAAUAAUAUUUAUUAACAAAUGAAGAAGAAUGAAGAUUUUCAUGUAAACAUUUAGUGCAAAAGAAUAGACAGACAGAAUAUAAUGUGAACAGAAUCACUGUGUUGCUGUUUAUGAUAUUAAUUAAAAGAAAAAAAAAGACUGGAUCAGUGUCAUUUAUCAGAUAUCCAAUCCAGUUAAUUUGUCAAUAUCGGAGCUGAUAUCCGAUCCAAAUAUUGAAUUGGUGCAUUCCUACUUUUAGCUUGAUGUCUAAUACAGAGUAUUUUGCAUACUGUCCCUUGAUUCAGCACUUUCAUUUUCUUUUUGAUUGGCUUUUUAUAUGGAGUUGUUCUAGUUGAUACUUUUUGCUUUUGUUAAUAAAUAACUUGACAAUCUUGCUUAUGACAAGCGAAGUCUCACUUUUAAAAAAUUUAAUUAUGAGAUGGCAUUCCUGCCAAAUAUAAUUUAUAUAUCUGCCGAGUUUAAACAGGAAACUACGCUCAGACUCAAUCGAUAUUUAUUGCUUAAAUGAGACCAACUAAAGAUUUUCUAAAUAAAAUUAACAUCAGGAAAAAAAAAUCAAUGCACUCCACUAAUCGCCUUGACUGUUCUUGGAUAAAGCUGUGAAAAUAAGAUACCAUCUGGCACCUGAAUCCCUUGCUUAAUACAUAUCCAGUAAAGUUGUGAUGAAGAGGAAUAGGAAAAAAAAUCUUCUGACACCUACUUUUCUCCUGCUAUUUUUUCAACUCUGCUCGCUGUGAAAUAUAGUUAAACACUUUACUUCAGCAGCUUCUGGAUAUUAUCAGUCAAAGAUUUCAUAUGAAGUCUAAUGUAUCUUGUAAAAGACAGACUUGCAGCUUGAUGCUCGAAAGUUUCUCUCUAAAGUCCCCAUGGGAUUAUUUCCUCUUCUUUUUUUCUAACACCACUGGACAGCAUUGAGAGAAAUGAGACGCCCUUACUGAUAACAGGCACAGUAUUUUUCUGUGCUAAGAAAGGUCAGAAAAAUGACAGGAUAAGAAGAGAUAUAAAUGAAAAGAAGAAAUUAAAAUCAUCCCUUCCUGAUAUUUACUACUGGACUGGGUGCAAUAUAAAGGUGAAAAAUGUGAAUCCUCUAACUCCAGUGAAGUCAAAACAAGCCCCAGUGAAGAAUACUAACAUGCAUCAAAUUUCUCGUUUCAGGACUAAUAAAUAUAUAAUUUAAUAAUAAUAAUAAAUAUAUAAUAAUAAUAUCUAAAUAGUCUUUUCUUCAGUACGGUUUUCAAAAGGUGUUCCCUCAGCAUGUAUCUAUCAUCUCUGUUUCUUUAAUCUGCUGCCCUUGUGAGGACCUCCCCUGUUAAAUGCUACACCCUGCAUUUCGCCUCCUCCUUAUAAGAUUAAAUUGGUUAUUAUAAGACGUGCGAUGUCUCUGCAAAACAAGAACACACUGUCUUGCACUUUCAGUAGAACAUUCAGACAGCACAAGAGUCCACGGAGCGAUCAUGCGAACUUUUCAACCCCUCUCCUCCCACUCACCCUCCUCUUCUUGUCAAGCGCUCCACGCUGACGCAGACUCUAUCAAGACCAGUUAUAAAAAAAAUAAAAAAAACACGCCACCAUCUCUUCUUUUCCCAUCUAUCCAUGCCCCCUCCACCUCCAAAAAUCCUCCUUCAGCUUGGUUGCUAAGCAGCACGGGUAGAGCUUGACAGUGUUGACGUUGUGAGCGCAGGACCACUUCCUGUAAACAGCCGAGUGCUCUCUACGCUCACAGCUACAGAGGGGAGGAGAGAGUGAGACGAGACGGCCUAAAAUAACCCUCUCUGGCUCUCACAAAAGAGACGUGAUGACGUGCGGUGAGGGGAAAAAGGAGCAGUUAUUUCAUCCUGAGUGAAAAUUUCACCAGGAGCUGAGAUGGCUGAUUGCUGCGGGAGUUUCAGGAGCUUUUAGGAGUUUUUUUUUUACUUAAAUUCCAGGAAGCACAGGGCCAUGAAUAAAAACGGACACAACAGACUAGGUGAGCACUUUGUUUGUGCAGAGAACUGGUUCUAUUCUGUAUACAGCAGGUCUGUUCCUGUGUGUUCAGUGCAUCUUCUUAGAAUUUAGUGCAUACAUGGACACAAAAAAGUGCUCAUAUUUACUUACUUCAGAGUGUUAUUGCAUUUAUUUAACACCGCCUUAUUUCUCUUCUGUGUUGCAGCUCCGUGGCAGUGAAGAUGACCACGGCACGGUACCGUCCCACCUGGGAGCUGGCCGUGGAUCCCCUGGUCUCUUGUAAGCUGUGCCUUGGCGAGUUCCCUCUGGAGCAGAUGACCACCAUCACGCAGUGCCAAUGUGUCUUCUGUACACUGGUGAGUCAGGAAAACAGAAAAAGACAAAAACAACAAAGCGUGUCUUAAAUAUAAAAAAAAAUAACCUGACAUCAAGUUUGUUUAGUUAAACAGAAUCAACACUGUGAUUGAAUCUGUAAUGAUCUUAGAAUCCAUCUUUUCUUUGUUGCACUGGUUUAGGAGUCAGGAAACUGUGGUCAAAAAUAAGUGCCAAUAAUAGAAGCUACUUCCUAGAAUAAAAUGUGGGUGGCAUGGUAAUGAUCUGAGUCUGGUUAAUAAAGUUUAUACAACAAAGGUCAACCACAAAAUAAACACAAGCGGUGCCUGAUAUCUGGUCUGGGCUACUUCGGAGAACUGUUAUAUGGUCGAAAUGGAGUCCAUGUGACAACGACUAUCCUGAAAGACACACAUCUAUCUGUCGUCUUUUAGAUAUCUUACCUUUGUCACUCACUUAGAAACCAAUUCUGUUUUACUGGUGUCCAAAAAGAAACAAAAGCUCAAAGUUAAAGGUUGAAUUGCAUCUUAAAAGUUGAACAUUUACUACUGUGAAGGUUUCGAGGUCAGUAGAACAGCUUCGAAGUCACGGCUGAUAUGUUUUAGCCAAAUAAAGUUGAGCUUUAAAACAGGAAGAGUAGUUCAUAAAAAGUUACAGACUUGUUAAAACUUGUCUUCUCCCACCUGCAGUUGUAUGUCUAAUAUUCCCACUUCUUCAAGACCUGUUUAACUGCAGUCUCCAUCUAUGCUUGGAGGAUAUAAUUACCUUUCAUAAUGAGAAAUGCUUAAUUUUCCUCACCGUGUUGUUGCCAGUGUAGCCUGGCAGCUUUGAGCGGAGAUGAUUUUAAUUCUUGUUCAGAAAAGUAACCUGCUCUGGCUGAUCACGGCUUUUUUAUGGAGAAGGAUGAGUCGUGUCUAAACGUCCAAAGCAAAAGCUUAAAAGAACUAGCGAAGAAAUUAGGUCAGAUACGUUCACCCCAUAUUUGAAUACACUCCAUCAUUCUGACCUCCUCUGAGGCCACAGAGAGAAAGUGCCAUGAGACUGUCAGGCCUGUGUUUGUUGACUAACUUUUCUGACUAGGUCAAUGCUGUAUUUGUUUGUCUGUCUGUUUUCCCCACAGUGCCUGAAGCAGUAUGUGGAACUCCUGAUCAAAGAAGGCCUUGAAACUGCAAUUAGCUGUCCAGACUCUGCCUGUCCAAAAAGAGGACACUUGCAGGAAAAUGAGGUAUUGAUAGAAGCCAAAGUCAGAUUUCUUUGACUCGUGACACCCCACAGUCUCCUUUGGCUCAUGAGAAUGUCCUACCAUGUCCAAAACGUCUGUACUCAAACAGCUGCAGCAAUUUUCAGACUUUUGAUUAGAACUUGUACAACCAGAGGCUGUGCAUGUCUAUGGAUGUAACACGUGUCGACCUGGAGAUGCCUGUGCUUGAAAUGAGGAAGAAAAAAAAAUCAGUGACUCUACAGGUCUAUUUUUUCCACGUCAUGAACCUCCUGCUUUUUUUUUCCUUUUCACAUGAAAUGGUAAAACUGACACGUGUGCGGUUACUUUAACCUUCCUCCUGUGUUAGCUUUUAAGACGCACACACCAUGUUAAGGGUCGCUUUUUACCCGUGUCUUAAAUCAGCUGUAAAUUACACUAAAAACAAUUCUCUAUCAUCCAAUUUGAUUCUCAUUUUUAUAUUGCUCAUAAAAGUUUUUGUUGUGGUCCUCUGGGCCUUUCUUUGUCAGUAUACCCCUCACACAGACAUCUUUACUGAAUUGAUCUGACAUGUCUGGACAUGUCCGAUGUUGUUGGUUUUUUUUUGUGCAGGGAAAAACACAACAAAAUGAGAAUUUCCUAAAUCUCACAUGAUUGAAAGAGGAUCUGACUUUCAGUGUGGUUCCUGUCAGUGCACUUAUGAUUUCAGCUUUUGCUCUGAUUAUUAGAUAUUGAUCUAACCGGGUCAACAGCAACCCUAACACCACAAGUGCCAUAAUUUUAAUAAAAGCAUUUUAUAUUUUAGUCAAUUUAAAUUUUUAAUUUUUAUCUUGUUGAAAUAGAGGUUCCUGACAAAGUCAAAAAGUCGUGAUGCAAAAAAGCUCAUUUAGGUGGUUCUUUUAAACAUUUAAAAACAAAAAUGUCUCGGUACAGACCCUAACACAGGAGGAGGGUUAACACCUUUACGCCGCCUCAAAGCUCCAGCUUGACUCAAGAUGACCACUGCGCUCCACCUGCCAGAGUGUUUACUUCAUUGUAAUGAUCCUGGCUUCCACGCAGAGGUCAAUCUGCGGGCAAAACGCUCCUCAUCCCUGUGGGCUGUUUGUCAGAUGGACUCACUCACUCUCUCACUUGGUCUGUCAGGCCUGUAGGCACAGCACAGCGCUGCACGGCACAGCACGGCCACAUGUUUCUAAUCAAUCAGUGUCACAGGUCCUUAAUGGAGCCGCGGUUACUCCUGCCAGUCAGACAGAGCAUGCCUCAUCCCCGUCUGCCCUGACAGCUAUGCCUGCACCUCAUAAUUGACUGCUCUUUCACUAAGGCUGAAUGCUCAUUUCAUUGCCCAAUAAAUGAGAAUGCUGAAACUUUAGUGGGUAUGCACCUUGACUAAAUCGUGGUUUUCUGGAGUUAAGGCCCUUAUUUGUAAGCAAAUGGCGAUUCUAAUCUUGUAGAAAUUUGAAUUUGACAUUGUUCUGGAAAUGAUUUUCAUAUUCUUGCAGCUCCUUGCCUAUAAAUAUGCAAAUUGACCUGCUCAUUUCCUGCCUACCAAAAUCCAUUUUCCUCUCCUGGCAGAUUGAGUGCAUGGUGGCCACCGAGAUGAUGCAGAGAUACAAGAAGCUGCAGUUUGAAAGAGGUGAGUCAACGCACGACGUCAGUGUUACCUCCACAGUUCCUCGGCGUGUUAACGUGUGGGCAGCAGCUGUAUGUCGCAGAUACAUGUGAGCCCUCCUGUACUCCAGGGUUACUGUAUUGCACUGAUGCGCAAGGUAUGACGACAAUCCCGGCUUUCAAGCGUUGCUUAAGUGCUGUUCUCUUCGCCUGGAGUCAUCCUCUCUGCUGCUGAAUUAUGCCACAGGGCACCUGAGAAAAGCUAACAGAAAAGGAUUUGAGAGAUGAUUGUUUGCUUAAGAAAUACCAGUCUUCAGCUCUGACACGUGUUGAUACUUAAUUGCUUUCCCCGUGAUUUAAAAAUAAGUCUUCAGCUCUGGCUUCUGAUGUGAAUCUAACACCUCACGAAGUGCAAAAUAUCACACAAGCAAGACGUAUUCUCAUGACAGGUACUCAAGCCUUACAUUUUCUGAUUUGUACUCAAGUACUUAAACUCAAGCCUGUCAGCCUCAUCAAAGUGUAACACUAUUUCCCAUCAAAUAUGCAUGAAAGGGAAAGCCUCCCAGACUUUGUUUAAAGAGAUUCUAAUAGGAUUGGUUUGGCUCUAGACUCCUAAAGUGUCUGCCUGACUCUGAUGGAGGCAGGUCUCUCAGCAUCACAUGAUAUUUUAGUUAAAUCCUCUUUAUCUCUGCUGCGGUGUUCGGUGUCUGCGGUUUGUUGAAUAAAUGUUAACCCGCUGCUGAAAGGCUCGCCGGAAAGAUAAUGGCAGGUCUGUGUCGCUAUGCUGCGUGCUGUCAGAACAGACAUGCUAAUCAGUAAUAUUAGAGCGCCCUUGCCAGCAGAGUAUGCUGUAACCAAGCUGUGCUAUCACUCUUUGAUGGUACUCGCCCUGCAGGUUCUCCACCUACACACAGGCACAAAUUGUACUCAAAACAUGCAGAUCUCGCUUGCACAAAAUAGAGGCAAAGACAAAGACAUGUAUAGCAACGCAGCAGGGGGGUCCUGUAAAUGAACAAAAAACCCACCGAAUGACUCAGAAAGAGCCGUUGCCGCCGCCUGGAUGAGGGCAGUGAGCCGUCUCAUCAAUGUCCCAGUCCAGUCAGGCAGAACAGGCGCUGUAACCAUUCCAUAUUUCGCAGGCCGAGCCAAGAGUGCAAGUGGAAUGUGUGCACCGAGUUCUUGGCAGGGAUGCAAGAGGAAAGAAGGCGAGGAUACAAGGGGCAAGUGCAUCAUGCUAUGAACUGGAGAGAACUGGCAAAACACAUGAAGAAUGGUCUAUUUUCUACCUAACGCUGCCAGAGACAAGGCCAUUUUUAGAAGAAUUUAUAGAAGCCAUGGAAGCUGAUAUGACGAUUAUUUAUACAGCAAGAAAAAAUGUGUUCAUAUAAAAACACAGGCAGGUAACAGCUGAGUGUGAUAUAAUAUUUAGUUUAAAGCAGUGGUUCUCAAGUCCAGUCCUCGAGCCCCCCCGUCCUGCAUGUUUUGGAUGUUCCCUGCUCCAACACACCUGAUUCAAAUGAUCAGCUCGUUAUCAAGCUCUGUAAUGGUUUAAUAACGAGCUGAUCAUUUGAAUCAGGUGUGGUGGAGCAGGAAACAUCCAAAACAUGCAGGACGGAAGGGGGCUUAGUUAGUGUUAGUGAAAUCUUGAUAACAGCAGUUAUCGAUGAUGAAACCUGCUUUGUCGUGUUUGUUUGUAAUCUGUGACGGUUCUGUGUUUUGGAUCCUGAAAGUAGUACACUGCCUCCUAUCUAUUUCUCAGAGUGUCUCUCCAACUUAAUCACAGAAAUAUCAUUUUUUCUCACUUAGUACUGAUUUUUUCUGGUUUUUACGCUGCGGUAAUCUCACAACAAUGAAGCUGAAAGUUUCUUUUUCAAUGUCAUUUUUUGCGGCAUAAAACAUUCAACAUUUAAACUCAGCAUCUACCUCUUUCCGUGUAGUUUGGGGUUUGCUGACACUUAAGAAAUAGUUGCUGUCCAUGACACUGGCACCGAUUUUGUUCCAUCAGAGGUGCUGCUGGACCCAUGCCGGACAUGGUGCCCUUCCUCAACCUGCCAGGCCGUGUGCCAACUAAAGGAGGCAGAUUCCCCAGCGCUGCCCCAGCUGGUCCAGUGCGCCGUCUGUGCCCUCGAGUUCUGUUCGGCCUGCAAGGCAAAUUGGCACCCUGGGCAGGUCUGCCAGGAGAACAACCUACCCAUUACCUCCUUCCUACCAGGAGAAAACAGGUACGUUUGAAACGUUUUCCUCUCUAAUUGAACACAUUUAUAUCCACAUCUAUUCUGGUGCUCAUCAAGGCUUUCAACCAUUUCUGAUGUGGUUUAAAAAUGUCAUCUGACAUUUUAUGGACCAUAAGCCAGGAAGUCAUUGACUCGUCAAUAUAGAUGCAUAAUUCAAUGAAAACAGCCCCUUUAAUUAGCCAAGAAUUAAUCAGUCGAUAGAAAUGAUUGAUUGCUGGCUCUCUUUUAGUGAUCCAUAUCAUUUGGCUCAGCUCAGCAAUCGGAACCAGCUCUGAACAGCACUAUUUUGGCUUUUGUUAAAUCAAGACAACACAAGCCGCCAAUAAGGAAUCAGGACUGCUGAGCACUCUCCUAGUCCAACAAGACAUGGAAACACUGUGAGCUGUGAGGGACGUGUGAGAGAGCUUUAGUUACGUUCAGGAGCUCAGAGUUGGAGUUUCACCCACACGUCCUGUUCAGAGCAGCAGUCUCCUUCAAUACAGACUGACAACUGCUCUGGCUGCUCGGUUGGGCAUCAGCCAGAGUGCAGGCAGAUAUAAAACAAUCUGAGGAAGUCAAUGAGAUGGACUUAUUAUUCAUUUGAAGAUAGGGGAUCUGUAUGUGAGGUGAAAAGGAGGGCAUCUUGGCGACAUGUGCAGCUGACCUGUUUCUUUGUGAUAUCCUCUUACUCAGACGUCAUUAGCUCUGCAGAGCUUUCCUCUAUCUGUAAGGGUUCAGGGCUGAGCUAAAAGGCCACAGUGCAGGGAGGGGAGGAUUAGAAGGUCUGCUCUUAAAUAUAAGGAGUCGUGGCGAGUGAACCACAGUUGUUAACUGCAGGGUGUCUUAAAAAACUUUACAGCCCGAGUGUUUUAUUACAGUCCAUAACACCUAUAUUACCAGAAUUUAAUAGGUCUGUUUUCAGCCCCAGGACGGUACACAGAAUGAGAGCUACCUGCUCGCUUCCUUAUUCUACGAGUCAGCAUUUCACUGAAACAGGAGAAAUAGAUACAGACAAUCUGAUACCAACAGAAGGGAAGACGAAGAGUGUUUGGAGAGAGUUCAAGGCCAUUUAGUGAUUGGUGGUUUUUGGAAGAGUUGUCAGCUCCUAAGCAAAAGCUAUCUACCGUUUCACACAAUCCCGUUACGUCAAAGACUGUAAAUAUUGAUCGCUGCAUAAAAGCAAUCUCAUCCCCAGCAGCCCUUGUAAAGUGAAUGUUAAGAGAUUUUGGAUUUUCUGUCUUGAUAGGAAUGCAAAACACUCAAAGCUGCAUCUCUCUCUCUAUCUUUCUCUCUCUCAUCUUUCUGCAGCUCUUUCUAUAAGAAUGAAGAAGAUGAUGCACCCAUCAAGCGAUGUCCUAAAUGUAAAGUUUACAUCGAGAGGGACGAGGGCUGCGCGCAAAUGAUGUGCAAGAACUGCAAACACGCCUUCUGCUGGUACUGUCUGGAGUCUCUGGAUGUGAGUCUCAUCUUGAUCAUUUCAGUUAAACCAAGAAAAUAUAAACCAUGUUCCUCUGUGUAAAGGCUUCUGUUGUGCUUUGGCUGGGGUCUCUCAAAAUUAGCGUGAUUAUGUGGCCCCAUCUGCAGCAAACUGUUAGCCUAGUGAGACUGCUGGUUCUCUUGGCAGUUUCUCAUUCGAGGGGUCAAGCUGACUGGCAUCCAUUGUGGCUGGUACACUCACAAGUGGCAUCUAAUUCAUGCAAACCCACUCAAAAAACACUGGUUUAUCCCUUUAACACUAGCAAUUGAAUUGUUCAACUUCAGGGCUAUCGUUCUGAACAGUUCGGCUUAGAAAUAUAUCAACCCACCUUUCAGUUACUUAAUAAACCAGUUGCAGCAUCUUCAUUUAAAAUAUUGGACUUUAGGAAUAAUAUUCAUCCCACAGUAUAUCCUGCCUGACUGUCCACUUCUUAAAAAUCUAAAUGAGUUGGCUCUGGUUCUGUGGUUGUAUUUGUUAUUGUAGGGUUAGAAGUGAACAGGUUCUUUCUGUUGAAGACUUUUGACCUGCUUUUUAAUGGGUUUUUGUAUCAGUCGGUUGGUUUAUCAGGAACCUCAAUCAUUUGAAGGAUGGAAUAAAAAGUAUGCUGUGUUAUCUCUUAUCCUGUGUUUGCACACUGUGAUAAUCCUUGAUGUAGACAUCAUUUGUCUCCCUGCGACAGCGAUAGCUUAUACUCUCAGGAAACUGACGCCUAACCUUGGUGUUGAUAAGACAGGAAGAAGAUGUAUUUGUUUUGGGUUUGAAUGAGCCUCGGUGCUGUUUGUAAUCCUAAUCAUGUGAGCGCAGACGAUUGCUUCUUGCAGGUCAUUGAAAAAAAAAAAAUUCUGAGAAAAGCUGCAGGCGUCUUUCAGACUGCUAAUGGUCCGUCUUUAUCUGUACUAUGUGUCUGUGUGACAGGACGACUUUCUCCUGAUCCACUACGACAAAGGGCCUUGUCGAAACAAACUGGGCCACUCCAGGGCGUCUGUUAUCUGGCACAGAACACAGGUGAGAAACCCAUCUCCCCCCUACUUGCCUUUCACCACCCACUCAAGACUCCCCCCCACACUGCAGCAUGUGGCCGUCCACGUGUGCUGCUUCAAUCUCUCAAUCUCCACGGUUCAUUCAAUCACUGUCAGUGUUGGGCUUGUAUUAUCUACACUGCACAAUAGAAAAAAGGACAGCCUGAUCCGCGUGCAUCGACAAGUGUCUUGUGGUCAGUGUCACGCUGUAUCCUGCUAAGCUUGUUAUGUCCUCCUUUUUCUGAGAAAAAAAAGGGUUUACAUAACCAAGGUCCCUCAACAGUGAUAGGUAACCAAAUGAAAUAACAGAUUACAGAUCGAGGAUUAUAUAGAUGUUAUUUCCCUUGUAUGAAUCAGUGGAUUAAACACAAGGGAUUACAUAUUAUUUCCCAAAUUGAUCGUGUGUUUUAAACUCAUGAAGGAAGUUGAUUUCAUCCUUCUGUUUCCAAGUUGUUUUGCUGUAUCUCUGCCCUGUUGUAUUAUCUAUUCAUGGGGCUGCAAUGUGUCCGACAUACUCAUCAUUUUGUCAACAUUAGCACACACACUGGCAUCUGUUGCCCAGUGGGGCAGGCUUAGUCAUGUGAUUACAGUUCAGCCAGCUAUAGCUUCACUGCUCUGUGCGUCUUUGUCUCUCCCCUGCUCUCCUCAUUUCACCCCCACACUGUUCCUCAGCAUCCAAAAAAGCCUCACUCUCACUCCUUCAUAAAUACAAAAUGUCCAAGGGCAAACCCUCCCAAAACAGCACAUCCUCUCUUUCCCUGGCUGUAUCUGAGAACAUGAGGUCUAUGUGUCUUAAAAAUAACACCAUUAGUCAAAAGAGAAGUCAUGUCCUUUUCAUGUUGGCAUCAUCUGGGUCUAUCAAAGGCAAAUUAUACUCAAAUACACUGCAAUGAUGAAUGGAUGGAUGAUAUACUGCCAGUUCCACCACAAAACCAUAUAAAACUAGCGCCUGGCGGGGCACCAACGCAUCAUAGUACCGUCAUAGUAUAGAAGAGUGAAAACGUCAUAGAUAUGAUAAAAAUAUCAAAGUAAAGUAUAAUAACAUGUCAUAGUAUGGUAUGAUAAAAUUGUCAGGGUAUAGUUUGAUAAAAUAUUACAAUUUAGUAUGAUAAAAGGUCACAGUAUAGUUUGAUAAUAAUAUAUUGUAGUAUGAAAUAUGUCAGAGUAUAGUAUGUCAAAAAACCAGUUAAGUAUGAUAAAAAAAAUCAUAGUAUAGUACGAUAAAAAAUCACAGUAUAGAACAACAAAAAUUAUAGUAUAGUCUAAAAAAUUUCAUAACAUGGUAUGAUUAAAAUUUCAUAAUAUAGUAUAAUGAAAAUAAAACAUUUUGAUAAGAUAUAAAGGUUAGAGUACAGUUUGAUAAAUAAAAUGAAAUAGGUCAAAGAACAGUUUGUAAAAAAAUCAUAGUUUAGUCUGAUAAAAAUAUCAUAGUAAAGUAUAAUAAGAAUGUCAUAGUAUAGGAUAAAAUAGGUCAUAGUAUAGAGUGAUAAAAAUGUCAUAUUGUAGUAUGAUAAAAUAAUUAAAGUAUAGUAUAAUAGAAUGUCAAGUAUGGUACGUGAAAGAAAUAUAAUUGUAUAGUAUGAUACAUUUUAAAUUGUUUUAUAAAAAAUAUGUCAUAGUUUAGUAUGUUAAAAAUGUCAUAGUAUAGUAUGAUAAAACUGUGAUAGUAUAGUAUGAUUAAAAUUUAAUAUUUUACUAUAAAACAGGUCAUAGUAUAGUAUGUAAAAAAUGUCAUAGUAAAGUUAAAGAAAAGUUAAACAUUUUAGAAUGAAAUAAAUGUUGAAAAAUGUUGAAAAAAUAUUAUAGAUAAUUUAAAUAAAAAUGUCAUAGUUUAGUAUGAUAGAAAAGGUCAUAUCAUAGCAUGUUCCAAAAAUGUUAUAGUAAAGUAUGUAAAAAGAAAAAAAGUCAUAGUAUAGUGUGAUAAAAAAUGUCAUAGUAUAGUCUGAUAAAAAAGUGUCAUAGAAUAUUAUGAUAAAAAUCUCAUAGUUUGGUAUAAUUUAAAACGUCAUAGUAAACGUCAUACAGUUUGACAAAAGUAUAGUAUAGAAUGAAAGAGAAAAGCCCUUUUAUAUUUGUAAAAAAAUGUCAAUUGAGUAUAAUAAAAUAUGUCAAAGUAUAGUAUUAUUAAAAAAAUGUUGUAAAAUAGUAUGAUAUAAAAUAUAGUAUAGUAUGAUAAAAAAGUUAAUGGUUUAGUAUGAUAAAACAUUUAUAGUAAAGCAUUUAAAAAAAUGUCAUAAAAUAGUAUGAUAAAAAAAAAUCAAAGUAUAGUCUGAUAAAAAUGUCACAGUAUAGUAUAAAAAAUGUCAUAGUAUAGUAGGUUUAAAAAAAUGCCAUCAUUAAGUAUUUUAAAAAAAUGCCAUUGUAUGAUAAUAAAUGUCAGUAUAGUAUGUUUAAAAUUUGACUAAAAGUUUGAUUAAAAAAAGGUCUCAGUAUAGGAUGUCAAAAAAUUGUUAUAGUAUAGUAUGAUAAAAAAAAAAUAUAUUUAUAGUAUGUUAAGGAAUAUUUUUCAUAAUAUAUUAUGAUAAAAAUGCCUUAGUUAAGUUAAAUAAAAAAGGUCAUAGCAUAGGAUGUUAAAAAAAUGUCAUAGUUAAGUAUGUUUAAAAAAUGUCACAAAGUGAUAAAAAAAGUUAUAGUAUUGUAUUUCUAGAAAAAUGUCAUAGUAUAUUGUGUUACAAACGUCAUAGUAUAUCAUGAUAAACUAUAGUAUAGCAUUAUAAAACCUCGAAGUAUACUAUGAUGAAAAUGUCAUAGUAUAGAGAGGAUAAAAUGAGGGAGGAAAGGCAAUGUGCUAUUAUAAGUCACCAUUGCAUGUGACUGCCUGUUAUGUAUUCCAUUUUGUGGUUCCAGACUCAAUGGUCUCUGGCUCCCCCUUGUGGUGUAAUCUGAGUCUAAAGUAGACAAAAACUCAGCAAUGUUAAUCAGUGUUCAGAUCUGUACACCUUAUGUUUAGUACAAAUACCAACACAAACAUUAGGUGUCCCGGUGUAAAUGCUGGGACAGGGAGUUAAGAAAGCCUCCCACAAGUCAGUCUUUUUGGUUGUUCAAUUGACAAAUCAGGGCUUCUGUUUCAAGUUCAGAGAGAUUCUUGGUGUCACACUGUCACCGCAGGAAUCAUCAAUUUUGUUAAGUGUCUGAAAAACAAAAACUUUCAGUAAUUAUGUAAAAAAAAACAAAAAAAAUUGUAGAUAAAGGUUUGUUAUUUUAAAGCAUUGUGAGCCACCUGCUGGCCAUUAUGUGGUAAUGCAGUUGUGAUACAAAACAGAGAAUAUGAGACUGUAAUUAUUUUAAAAAAGGGAAAACUUUAUGAAGUUUAAUAUUUUAUAGAUAGUUUAAAAGUGUACCAUCAUUUAGGUUUCCCUACUAAAGAUUUACAUGUUUGAUAUUGCAGCUUUUAAAUAAAUUUAUCAUAUUCUGCUACAGUAACUACAGGAUAGUGGCAUUUUAAUAACUGGUAUAAUUUCCCCUUUCCCCAGGUUGUUGGGAUCUUCGCCGGCUUCGGCCUGCUCCUGCUGGUUGCCUCUCCCUUCCUCCUCCUGGCCACUCCCAUUGUCCUCUGCUGCAAGUGCAAGUGCAGCAAAGGCGAUGACGAUCCAUUGCCAACCUAA